AUGUUUUUCUUUUUCUUUUCUAUGUCCAUUUAUCCCGAACACUUUCUUUCACUUAUCACCUGCUUUCUUUCUUUUCAUUUAUCUGUAUUUCUUAUAGAAGUAGCUUUAUUUUGCUCCAUCAUUUUUUUUUCAUGCACCGUUUCGUUUUCUUCUUCUUUUUGCAACAUUUUUCUUUUUCAAUUUCGCUUAUCUGAUUUCUUUCUUUCUUUCUUUCUUUCUUUUCUUUUCUUUUCUUUUUUCUUUUCUUUUUAUUUAGGUUUUUUUCUGUCUCUUACGCUUAUCCGUUCUCUUUUUUUUUUCUUUCUUUUUUUUUUCUUUCUUUUCUUUUUUUUUUUUUUUUUCUUUCUUUCUUUUUUUCUUUCUUUCUUUCUUUCUUUCUUUCUUUCUACGCCUUAUUUUUUUCUGUGUCUCUUACUUUUAUUUUUUCUCUUUCUUUCUUUCUUUUUUUUCUUCUUUUUUCUUCUUUUUUUUCUUUCUUUUUUCUUUCUUUCUUUCUUUCUUUCUUUCUUUCUUUCUUUCUACGUUUCUUAUUUUUUCUGUUCUUUUUACGCUUAUCCGUUCUCUUUCUUUCUUUCUUUGUUUCUUUUUUUUUUUCUUUCUUUCUUUCUUUCUUUCUUUCUUUCUUUCUUUCUUUCUUUCUUUCUACGCCUUAGGCUUUUUCUGUGUCUCUUACGAUUAUCCUUUAUCUUUCUUUCUUUCUUUCUUUCUUUCUUUCUUUCUUUCUUUUUUCUUUCUUUCUUUCUUUCUUUCUUUCUUUCUUUCUACGCCUUAGCCUUUUUCUGUGUCUCUUACGAUUAUCCGUUCUCUUUCUUUCUUUCUUUCUUUCUUUCUUUCUUUCUUUCUUUCUUUCUACGCCUUAGGCUUUUUCUGUGUCUCUUACGAUUAUCCGUUCUCUUUCUUUCUUUCUUUCUUUCUUUCUUUCUUUCUUUCUUAGACGUAUUCACUACUCUAUGUAUUUUCCUUUUUUCUAUCUUUCUUAGUUUUCUGCAAUAUUCUUUUCAUUUUCUUUACUUUCUUUCUUUCUUUCUUUCUUUCUUUCUUUCUUUUACGUCUACCGUUUUCGUUUCAUUUUUCUUUCUUUCAUUAUCUUUUUGUUUCUUCUAUGUCUACACAAUUCUUUUCAUUUUCUUCUCGUUCUUUCUUUCUUUCUUUCUUUCUUUCUUUCUCUAUUCUUUUUUGUUUUCAUUUAUCUUCUUUUUUUCUUUGGCGACGAACCACGAGAAAGAAAAAGUUUUUCCUUACAUCCUUCUUUUUUCAUUGAUGCUGAAAAGCAUAAAGUAA